AUGGAUACCACCACCCGAAGGGUUUUCCAGGAACGAAUCGACCAGCUGGAAUCACUUGUCCGGUCUUUGCUUGGUAAACAGGAAGAAAAGCUUGUUGCUCCAUUACCUGGAAGCGUGGCGUUCUCUAUGGCCACUAAUAUCGCCGCUGAUGCAGAUCCUCUCACAUACGAGGUUGGACGUAUGAAUCUGGAGAACCAUGAGUUCUCGUACGUAGAGAGUGAUCACUGGAAAGCCAUACUCGACGAGAUAGGCGAUCUGAAAGAAAUGGUGCAGCAACAGCCCGAAGAUUCUCUCAAAUGCGACCUAGUACUUCCUGGCAACGAUCUGUUUCUUCUUCAGACGUAUCCAGACACGAAGAUGGAUGUCAUAGCUGCGAUUCCGCCUCGUAUUGUUGUUGACAGCAUGAUAUCGAAGUACUUCAAAUGGGCCGAUAUGCCCGUUUCGCUUGUUAUCCAUCGCAAAGUCUUUUUCAAACAAUAUGAGGCUUUUUGGGAGGAUCCACUUUCGACACCAACCAUAUGGCUGACCAUACUAUACGGCAUGAUGUACACGGUGGCGUAUUGUACGCUCUUCAUCAAUGGUGGUUCAGGCUCACUUGACGAGACGACGGCAGCUGAGUACCAUAGCCUAGUCAUGAUCUCACGAGAGAAGAUGAUACAGUGCCUUAGGCUAGGCAACUAUUUGAAGGGAGCGCCACAUACCAUCGAAGCUCUGUUGGCAUUCCUCCAGACUGAGUACGUUCAAGGCGAAGACACACAACAAGGAUGCUGGCAGUUGACAGGCGUUAUUAUUCGUGUAGCGCUAAAGAUGGGCUAUCAUCGGGAUGGCUCGCAAUUCCGGGAAAUGAGUGUUUACGAGGCAGAAAUGCGUCGACGUACUUGGUACAUACUCGCACAGUUUGAUACAGCGUCUGCUUCUCAAGUCGGUCUUCCACGCAUCAUCAAAGAGACUCAAUGCGAUACCGCUGAACCCCGCAACCUCCUUGACGACGACUUCGACGAUACAUCUACCGUACUGCCGCCCGCUAGACCGCAGAACGAACACACUCUGGCCCAAUUCCUGGUUUACAAAAGCAGGGUCAUUUCCGUCUACGGCAUGAUCUGCGAUUUCACUACGUCAUCCAAGCAGCGAGAUUAUGCGGAAGCAAUACGAUUGGAUGCACUGCUCAACACCGCAUACACCCAAAAGCCUCCUAUCCUCGAACUGAAAUUCAUGCAACGAUCCGUCUUGGACGGUGCUGAGCUCAUCACCCGCCGUCUUUAUAUGGCAAUGUCAUAUCACCACGCGCAGAUCACUCUUCACCGCAAGUUCAUGAUUCUUGCAAAGGUGAAUAGCAAGUACACGCUUUCGUGUACGACAUGCUUGAAUGCGGCAUUGACGAUUCUGCGGUUACAAGCUGAGUUGUUCGAGCAGUGUCAGCCGGGGCGUAUGCUACAUGCUGAUCGAUGGAAGAUCCUUUCUUUGACCCAGUCCGAGUUCUUGCUUGCGACGACUGUUUUAUGUUUCAAUUUGUACGACGAUGUUAAGAAAAGGUUGUUCGGCGGGGACGUCGCUAGGAAAAGUGUAGAGGCGCUUGAGGGUUCGAGGAGGGUAUGGGAGCAACAGGGUUUCUCAAAAGAAGCGCAGACAGCUGUGAAAGCUAUAGAUGUUGUUCUUGGUAAAUUGCAUAGUAGUUUGGAGAAAAAUAACGCAGGAAAGCCACAGCUAUCUGGAGCGCAUGCCAGCUCCGCCUCGUCGUUCUCGGCAGACAUGGGUUCUGGAGACGGCCAGAGCGUCGAUUUGCUGUCGUACAAAGACUGUUCAGAUACGGAAGUUUCCUAUAAGAUGCCCCAGGAUUCUGAUAGCAUGGCCUUUGGCGACUUUUUCGAGAUGGAUCAGGAGUGGGAGGGGUGGCUCCAACUUUGA